AUGUGUUUGUUACAACCAUCAUCAUACAAUAUUCCCGUAGUCUACACUGAAUGGAAAUUUGUCUUAUUAAGAACACUAAUUACAAUGAUAUAUGGUUAUGAUUUAAUCGAUCAAAUGAGUCAGUCAAAUAUUCAACGUUUAAUCUAUGAGUUUAAUCUCGUUAAACCGUAUGUUGAUCUCAUGUUAAAUGAUAAAACUCAAACAUUUGGUGAUUUGUGUCAGUGUAAUGACACAAUAUGUGGUUUUGAACGUACACAAAUGUUUACAUGUUUAAAACUUAUUACAGAUCAAUUGAAAUGUGAUUAUGUUUGCAUCACAUUGUCAAAUCGUAUUAUUGUCUCAAGUCCAAAUUGGUCUAAAUUAAAAUUAAAUGAACAAUAUGUAUUACAAUUAUUAAUUGCUUAUAAUCCUGAAUUUAAAUUUAUACGUGAUUAUGCUGUUUAUAUCGAGUCAGUUGAUCGAACACAUAAUUAUCGUUUGAUCACAGUACGUCUUAUUGGUCAUCUUCAUGUUAGUUUACUAUGUUCAAAUGAACCAAAAUUAAAUGUAUUUGAAAAUACUAUUGAAACAAUAUUUCGUCCACAUAUUGAAUAUAUACAAAAUAUAAGUAGUUUAUUAUAUCCACGUGCAAUUCACGAUUCAGUUCAAUUUGAUCAUAGUAUUCUUGCUCUAUUAUACAUCAACAGACAAACACAUUAUUGUGUAAGUACAUUACAUCCAAUACCAACAACAGUAACCAAACAAGAUAUUGUUGAACAACGUUUUCUAAAUUUAAAAUUAUUUUAUAUGCAAAUGAUAUCUCGGACAAGUGAAACAUUGAUACCACACACAGAACCAUUAACAACAACGGUAAAUGAAAUGUAUAUGAUUAAUGAUGAUCAUAAAUGUUAUUAUUUAAAAGAAAAUAAUUAUGAACUAUUUAUUUUAUAUUCAAAUAGUAUACCAAAUAUAGCUCUCAGAGGGAUAUCAAGAAAGACGCUAACAUUAUUAAAAAAACAUUUAUAA